AUGGCACACGCCCCACCAGAGCCAACCCCAGUGCCAACUCCCCAGCCGUCUCCUGGGCCAACCCCCAUGCCUUCACUUCCUCCUUCUCCAAGACCUACAAAGGUGCCUACUUUGAGACCCACACCAGGGCCUUCUGAAAAUCCCACACUCCAGCCUAGCUUCACUCCAUCAGAAAGCCCAUCAGACAUGGCUUGUAGCCUCCUUUUUGCAUCUGUUGAGGCCAUCUACUAUGUGGUUUUUCUGCAGGAUGCAGCAGCUGCCUCUGAUUUAGACUUGGAAGACUCCUUUACUUCCGCCGAUGCUGCCAUUGAAAAGGAGGCAUGCGAUCCUGUUGUUCUGGAUGCAACAGUCCAAGGACGCAUGACCCAGAGGCGACUGCAAGGUACUACUGGCAACACAGUGGCUAUCAUAGUUGAAUCACUUCAAGUCAACAAUGACUUCAUGUUCCAGAUCAAUGCUGCAAAAACUAACUUUCUAUCAGCAUUCAAUGCGCAUCCAGCAAUGCAAAGGAACUCACUGGAGGCUGUUGAUAUUGUGACAUCAUUGCCAACACCAUCACCUACUUAG